AAACUUAUUACAACCUCAUCUUCUUCAUCACUCCAUCCCUCCAUGGCCCAUACCAAAAACCCUAAUUUAAUUAAAUCCAUCAAAUUAAAAAAAUCAUGAAGAAACAACAACAGCAAGAACAAGAUCAAGAACACAUCGAAAUCCUCAAGGCCGUAGCCCAAGCAUGGCACGGCCAUUCCUCGAGCUCGAAGGCCUCCGAUGCGCCCUCGGAGUUCGACGCCCACCGCCGAUACUUUAAGGGCGGGAAGCCGACUCGGUUCCGCCUCGAGGCCAUGAGCAUGGCCACGAAGAACCACCGGUUUAGUACGAGUUGGGAUUUUAGGCAAUCGCUUUGGGACUCGUACGAAAUCGUCGCCGUGUCCAAAAGGCUCGAGGAAGGGCUCGUGCUCGACGCCGACACCGAGAACCCGUCGCCGGCCCCGAGACACGGGGUCAAGAGGCGUAAGGAGAGUAGGAAUAGUUUGAGGAGUUUGUUCGACCGGAUGUCUUCGCGCCGAUUUAGCGAAGAAGAGACUAGAGAUUUAUGAAGAAGACUCUUCAUAGUUGUAAACAAUUCUUACAUAAGACAACAUUUGCUAAUAAUCGAAGUACGUAGUCUAAGUAAGAAUCAUUUAUUU